CUCAAUGUUAAUGUUUGACAAGUAGGAAGAAGGGCCUUGGCUAGCAUAUCUAUCGGUCUUAGACAACACAACCACACUCUUUCAGUUCUCCUUCUAACUCAAGAGUUUGUUUGCUGCUUUGUGAAGGAAUUACAUAUUCAAAUCAGAGGGAGAACGAAAAGAAAGACACAAUGGAGGUGCUGGUGCUGACCGACUUCGAGGGCACCAUGGCAGACGAGAUCACAAUGAGGGCGGGGGAUGUGAUCAAGAAUGUCGCCAAGGUCGGAGAGGAGGGGUGGCUGGAGGGCGAGCUGAGAGGAAAGAAAGGCAUCUUCCCUGCCAACUUUGUCAAGGAGGUGCCAGUCUAUUUGAUGGGUGACAGCAAGAGGGAACCACGAAGCAUCAGAAAAACAAAGAGGAUGAAACAGACGAGGAAAUGCGAGGUAGUGUUCGCCUACAGCCGCAUGAAUGAGGAUGAGCUGGAGCUGGUUGUUGGCGAGACUAUUGAGAUCAUCAGAGAGAUUGAAGAUGGAUGGUGGAUGGGGGUAAAAAAUGGCAAAGUGGGAGCAUUUCCUUCAAAUUUUGUCAAAGAAAUCUUUGUUUCCCCUAAAGACAUCAAGCACAACGAGGGCAGGGCAAGACCCAAACUCACAGACGCAGUGUUCAGUAAGGAGAUAUCUCAGAGAGCGAGUGUGAGGAACAAAGGAAAAAACUUGAAGGAGUGCUGCCAGGUCAUGUUUGACUACAAGGCCAAAGCAGAAGAUGAGUUGGAACUGAAACAAGGAGACGUUGUUGUGGUACUGAGAAAGGAAACAGAAGAUGAAGGCUGGUGGGAGGGAGAGCUGAACGGGCGCUGUGGCUUCUUUCCGGAUAACUUUGUCAUGGUGAUACCGACAGUGGACAGUCUGCAAUCUGGGACCACAAGCCAACCGCCUGCACGCAACAUCAACAACAAACUCUCAGUGAAGACAGAAGCAUCAGCGAUGGAGAAAGGUGGUCCAGCAAAGACAAAAGAUGACAAACCAGAGGCUCAGGACCUGAGAACCAAUCCUCCAACCAAAGUCAAGCUGCCGUCCAUCCACAAGCCCAGUCCGCCUCCGGUCAAAGACAAACCUAACAAGUUUUUACCCAAUAAAACCAACGGUGAUGUGGCUCCUCUCUCAUCAAAACCACCUGAGGAGAAGGAAACCGACCAGUUCGAUGGAGUGGAUGUGCAGACUGAAAAGCUGAUCCACCCUACAGCAAACAGAGCCAAACCCCCUCAGAGGAGACCACCGUCAGGCCUGGUCACGACAGCACAAGGUACAGAAAAUCUGCUGCCGUCACCAGCAAAGCCUGAGCACCGCCCCAAGACACCGCCUCCUGUUCGACCAAUGCCGCCCAAAGUGGCUGUGGAUGGUAGACCUGUGACCACUAAAGAAGAGCUAACUGUGGAAAGCCUACAGGCCGAGAUCAAAGAGCUGAGGAUGACUCUGGAUCUGCUACAGACACGACAUGAGCAAGACAUGCAGGAAGUGAAAGAAGAACUGAGGAAGCAGAGAGACAAACAACUGGCACUGCAGGAAGAAGUAAACAGUUUGAGGAUGAAGCAAAAAUCCCAACACGCACAGUGACUGGGCUGGCUGUCUGACAGUGUGCCACGCAUGGCCCUCGGACUGCAAAUUUAAACAAGUUGAACAUUUUUCUGACGUGGAGUGGAGAGGGAGAAGACAAGCGAGCUCUCCCACUGCAGACACACAAACGAGGGCGACAUUAGGAAGCAAAGUUGGACAUAUCAAGCCACUCCUGCACUGGACUGAACAAACUUGAUCCUCCAAAAGACUUUUAAAUGAUACACUGUUAAACUUUUAAACAUAUUUGAAUGCUGGAAACAAAUACUGGUCCUAAGUGGGUUACGCUUGAUGGUAAAUUUAUGUUUUGCAUUGUUCUAUUUCAACUGUUUAUUACUUGUCAUAGGUUUUACUGUACUUUUAACAUAACGCCUCAGCAGAAUAUGUAAUAUAUGCAGCUGUAAAUAGGAGGAAAUACUGUGAUGUAUUUUGCAAAGAACUAAAAAGAUCAUUUGAAGUCAUCCAAAGGAGCACUGUUAUCUGAAUGUGGGGACCUGAAAUUCUACUGUUAAAACAUGGACUGACAUGCAGGUGAAAUUAUACAUCAGAAUGUAAUGCUGCAUUAAUCCACUUGGGGGCACUGUGUGUCCAUUCUUCUACAUAAAGAGAAGUGCCAAACUUGU